AUGCCCAAGGUCCAGCCACCGGAGCUGAAGAAGUUCAUGGACCGGAAGCUCAGCAUCACGCUGAAUGGGAACCGCCACGUGACGGGGGUCCUUCGAGGAUUUGAUCAGUUCAUGAAUCUUGUGCUGGAUCAGACUGUGGACGAAAAGAUGAAGGUGGACAUCGGGAUGGUGGUCGUCAGGGGCAACAGCAUCGCAACGAUCGAGGUCGUUGUGUAA